UAUGGGGGCCAGAGAUUUUUGGUGGAAUGGGUGGGUUUUUCCAAUAACAAGAUUGACUGGUCCCGACCAUUGUGAACGCGAGUUGUUUCACCCGGAAUUCGACCACCGUAUAUCGGAAGAAAAAUGCCCGUUGUGUUUGCCAUGGCACGAUUCUUCGUUGACGUGGCGAUGGGAGAAGUUGAGUGCCAAGGUUAUUCGCCGGAUGAUACCAGAUGAUCAUUUAUGGAGAUGACUCAACACGCUUGGGUAGCGACCGCGCCUGCGUCCGUCUCAACUACCGGGUCUCGGUGCAUAUUGCGUGCGGUCGGUCAAAAGAAGUGGCAAGUUUUGCACAGUUCGUCGUCAAAUGUUCAAAGGCUUUUUAUCCGUCUGUCGUCUCUUUUCCCUCGCGAGCUUCUCUCCCGGCCAAAGAAAAAGACGAGCACACACACAAUAUCGACGGCGACUGUGCGGAUUCCUUGGUCCAGCUGACUCCUCACACCCUCCUCUCGUCUUCGCUCCCUCCUCCAGUAGUAGUGGUAGCCAAGCCGCCAGACACGGUCGCAUACCGAAACCCGUGCCCCGUCUCGUGUGUUCCAGUCCUAUUCUUGCGUGGAUUAGACAUUGUGUGCCGGAUGUGUUGCGAUCCCGCUCGUCCCUUUUUUUCCGAUAUAGGAUUUGAUCAUUUCGAAAAUAUCUCGCGCUCCAGUUGUGCAAGUGUGUGACACACGCUUCGUUCCAAGGAAUCGGAUUGAAGACGACGACCACGAUGACCGGCGGUAGAGUAGCCCCAAUCAGCAACGCCGAUCACAAAUACUGAAGAAAUCAUCGCCGCUACACCAAAGAGCCAAUAGUCGAGAGCCAAGAGAAUCUUGGCACGACUCGAGGAAGAACUUAAACUCCGGGGGCAGGAAAGGAAGGAAAACUACUUGAAAUUGGUGGGAAAACAAACGACCAGCUUCAAUGCACCAUGUGGACGUACCCAAAGAGCAACCAGACCACGAGAGCCUGAACAAGCCGAUCGAUGCUGCUGCCAUGGAUCAUAACGCCACACUGACACCCUCUGCUGAAGCAGCCGACACUGGAACCACAGUCGGCGGUCAAACGGAUCAACCCAAGAUGCCAAUUCGUCGCGAUUUAGGUUCCAGGUCGCGGAGCGCAGAGGCGAUGGGCACGCCGUCGUUGGACGGUAGCCAAGGUAAAGGUCGGCGUAUCCUUCCGUCCUUGCGACGCAUUUCCACGACGCCGUUAAAGCCCAGAAGGCGGUCUUCGUCGUCGUCGUCUGAAUCGUCCUGCCCGUCGCCGCCGCCGGCUCCCAAACAACCGGCCAGGCCGAGCCCGUUGAGAAGCGCGGCGGUGGCCGCAGCGCGCAAAACCCGGCGAUUUUUCGGCGCCAAAUCAAAUGACAUUUUGCCUGAAAACGAGCGAAGGAUACGGGCCAACGACGCUGCAUACAACCUGCAGUUUAAUUAUUCAAAUAAUUACAUUCAGACGUCCAAAUACACGCUGCUGUCGUUUGUGCCGGUGAACUUGAUCGAGCAGUUCCAGCGGCUAGCGAAUUUUUAUUUCCUGUGCCUUCUGGUUCUACAAUUUAUUCCCUUUAUUUCGUCGUUGACACCCGUCACCACUGCCGUGCCUCUCAUUGGUGUCCUGCUCCUUACUGCCAUCAAAGACGCGUAUGAUGACUUUCAACGACAUCGAAGUGACUCUCAAGUCAAUAAUAGGAAGUCGCACGUCCUGCGCAAUGGCAAGUCGGUGGAAGAGCGCUGGCACAAAGUCCAGGUGGGUGACAUCAUCCGGAUGGAGAAUGACCAGUUUAUUGCCGCCGAUCUUCUGCUUUUGACCACGUCCGAGCCCAACGGUCUCUGCUAUAUUGAAACGGCUGAGUUGGACGGGGAGACCAAUUUGAAAUGCCGCCAGUGCCUCAUGGAGACAGCCGAGAUGGGCCAGGAUGAGGCCAGGAUAGGAAGCUUCAACGGGGAGAUCAUCUGCGAGCCGCCCAAUAACCAUUUGAACAAAUUCGAUGGCCGGUUAACGUGGAACGGCAAGCAAUAUUCCUUGGACAACGAAAAGAUCCUGCUCCGAGGAUGCGUCCUACGUAACACUCAGUGGUGCUACGGCGUCGUCAUCUUCGCCGGACGGGACACUAAGCUCAUGCAGAAUUCCGGCAAGACGAAGUUCAAACGGACUUCGAUUGAUCGUCUACUUAACUUCAUCAUCCUGGGGAUUGUUUUUUUCUUACUUUCCAUGUGCUUGUUUUGCACAAUUGCAUGCGGAGUGUGGGAGACGGUGACGGGCCAGUACUUCCGCUCCUACUUGCCGUGGGAUCCGUUGAUUCCGGCCGAGCCACCGGCUGCCGGAUCCACCGUCAUCGCCUUGCUAAUUUUCUUCUCGUACGCCAUCGUUCUCAACACGGUCGUGCCCAUCUCGCUUUACGUCAGCGUGGAAGUCAUCCGGCUGGCCCAGUCCUUUCUCAUUAACUGGGACCAGCAAAUGUACUACGAAAAGUCGCAGACGCCGGCCAAGGCCCGCACCACGACACUCAACGAGGAGCUCGGCCAGAUCGAGUACAUCUUCUCCGACAAAACGGGAACUUUGACGCAGAACAUUAUGUCCUUCAACAAGUGUUCCAUCGGCGGAACUUGCUACGGCGACGUCUACGACUCGUCAAACGGAGAAGUCAUUGAUCCCAAUGAGAAUACCAAGCCCGUCGAUUUUUCGUUCAAUCCGCUUCACGAGCAAGCUUUCAAAUUCUACGACCAGACCCUGAUAGACUCGAAUCGCGAGGAUCCUACUUGCCAUGAAUUCUUUCGCCUAUUGGCGCUCUGCCACACCGUCAUGCCUGACGAGAAGAAUGGUAAAUUAGAAUACCAAGCGCAGUCGCCGGAUGAAGGGGCUCUGGUUUCGGCCGCCCGAAAUUUUGGGUUCGUUUUCAAGGCUCGUACUCCGGAUUCCAUCACAAUUGAGGUGAUGGGGAAGACGGAAGUUUACGAGUUGUUGUGCAUCCUCGACUUCAACAACGUCCGCAAACGGAUGUCGGUCAUUCUGCGUGGACCUAACGGCAAGAUCCGCCUUUACUGCAAAGGGGCCGACUCGAUCGUUUACGAUCAUCUUCAAUCGGGAAACGACGACAUGAAGAACAAGACACAAGAGCAUCUAAACAAAUUCGCCGGCGAAGGACUGCGGACUUUGUGUUUGGCCAUCCGCGACGUUGAUGAAGCUUAUUUUGAGGACUGGAAAGAGCGUCAUCACGAGGCUUCCGUCACGAUCAAGUCACGCGAAGAACGCCUUGACAAACUCUAUGAAGAAAUAGAACAAAAUCUAACGCUUCUGGGUGCCACGGCCAUCGAAGACAAACUUCAAGACGGAGUGCCGCAAACGAUUGCCAAUUUGGCUAUUGCCGGAAUCAAAAUCUGGGUCUUGACUGGCGAUAAACAAGAAACGGCCAUCAACAUUGGUUAUUCAUGCCAACUGUUGACAGACGACAUGGUCGACAUCUUUAUUGUCGACGGUCAGAAUGUCGAAGAUGUCGAGCUCCAGUUAGUCAAAUGCAGAGAGUCCCUGCGCGGUUACGCCCGUACUCAGCUCCAAACGCCAGUCAGUGGCAUUAGCGAUCGCGGCUAUUCCUCCCACAUCGCUGGGGAAAUGGAGGACAUGCCGUGCGGGCCGGGAUUGAGCGGUAUUGACGAAGACUGCAACACGGGUUACGCCUUAGUCAUCAACGGCCACUCGCUGGUCUACGCCCUGCAGACCAAGUUGGAGAAGCUUUUUCUCGACGUCGGCACCCAAUGCAAAGCGGUGAUUUGCUGCCGUGUAACUCCCCUUCAAAAGGCCAUGGUGGUCGAUUUGGUCAAAAAGUACAAACAGGCCGUGACGCUCUCUAUCGGCGAUGGAGCCAACGACGUUUCUAUGAUCAAAACGGCUCACAUCGGCGUCGGUAUCAGCGGCCAGGAAGGAAUGCAGGCCGUCUUGGCAUCGGAUUACAGCAUCGCCCAAUUCCGGUACCUCGAGCGAUUACUGCUCGUGCACGGACGUUGGUCCUACCUCCGGAUGGCCAAGUUUUUGCGCUACUUCUUUUACAAGAAUUUCGCCUUCACACUAUGCCAUUUUUGGUUCGCCUUCUUUUGCGGAUUCUCCGCACAGACCGUCUUUGACCCGAUGUUCAUAUCGGUCUACAACUUAUUCUACACGUCGUUGCCCGUCCUAGCGUUGGGUAUAUUUGACCAAGACGUCAAUGACGUCAACAGCCUCAAGUACCCUAAGCUCUUCACGCCCGGCCAUCUGAACUUGCUGUUCAAUAAGGGGGAGUUCUUCAAGAGCGCCAUGCACGGAUGCAUCACGUCGUGCGUCCUAUUCUUCAUUCCCUACGGUGCCUACUUUUAUGGCGCCUCUCAACAAGGGCACACCACGUCCGACCACCAGCUGAUUGGCAGCGUCGUGGCCACGAUCCUAGUCGUUGUUGUCACCGUGCAAAUUGCGCUGGACACGGCUUACUGGACCGUCUUCAACCACAUCACCAUUUGGGGCUCCUUGGUUUGGUACUUUGCCCUCCAGUAUUUUUAUAAUUUCGUCAUCGGCGGCUCCUACGUUGGAUCCCUCACUAAGGCUAUGGGCGAAGCGACUUUUUGGUUCACUCUCGUCUUAUCCAUCGUCAUCUUAAUGAUUCCGGUGGUGGCGUGGAGAUUCUACUUCGUUGAUGUUCAUCCGACGCUGUCGGACCGCGUUCGUCUCAAGCAAAGACUUUCCGCCAUUCGGGCGCACAAGUCUCAAGACUUUAUGCGGACACCGUCGGCCCGGCGGAGUCGACGAUCGCUUCGCUCCGGCUACGCUUUCGCUCACCAGGAGGGAUUCGGAAAACUCAUCACUUCGGGCAAGAUUAUGCGCAAGACGGGCUUAAAUUUCGGCAGCAAGGCCAGCAGCAACAACGCGGCAAACAACAACAGCGGAAGCCUCCACAAUGUGUCCUCUGGCGGGGGAUUGGCCUCUACCAGCGAUCAACCUGAUGGUCCCGUUUCCGGAAUCUCUUAUCAUCCGACAGGCGAGACUAAUGGCAGCAUGCAGCCGAGCACUCGGCAGUCUCAAAAUGGUAGCAGCGUCCAGCAGCAGCGUCCAUCAGUCGUCCCUGUCGUUGCCUACUCUCGAACGUCGAACAGCAACAGCCGGCAACGAUUGCAGGAUCCUUACGCCAUCACCGUCGAUCUGGAGUCGGGCGGAGAUCCUGCCUUACCCAACACCAUGUCGACGUAGUUACUCAGUCGACAAAGAAGGACGGAUGAUCAUGUCCAUCUCGGACCAAAUCCUUUCUGAACUUCGAAAAGCAGAAAAGUGCAGUUGUUGUUGCUCCUCCGAUCCCCCUCGGCCCCCCGUGUAUUUAUUUUCGUGAUUCAUUCACUUUCGGUUACAGACCCCACAUCUACCACUUUUUCCUACAUAUUUUCACGUUUUAUUUUGCUUGGUUGUCCUACUUUCCCUCUCGAAAAAAAACAAACAAAAAAGAAUUCCUCUUCACCCGAAGGUUGUGCCGUUGCCGUUCACGCAACAUUUGUACAGAUUGAAAAUCCAUUGGAUCCAAAGAAAAACAAAAAAAAAAAACAAAAAAAAACAAAAAAAGAAGAAGAAGAAAGGAAUUUUUUUAAAACGUUUAAACAAAAUGAACCAAGCAAAUUAAAAUGUCGAACGUGGCGUCACUUGGUGACCAGUUGUGUUUCUUUAUUUUUUGGCCACAUGCAGUGUGUGUGUGUAUUAUUGUCUCUAUGUCGUAACCCAAUUUCUUCAGAUUUAUUUUGGAGUUUUCCGUUGGGGGGAAAUAACUUUGAAAAAAAUGCGUACCUUAACGUUGAUGCGAGUUUGGUAAAUUUCUCUCCCUCCCUUGAAAAAAACAAGAUUCCAUAAUCGCUGAUUGAUCGAUUGCUACAAGAUGUUGUGUAAUUUAAAAAUGAUUAUCGAGUUCGGCGUUUCGGGAUGCGUGAUGGGUGAUCUAUAUAUUUAUUCGAAUUAACAGUACGAAAAAAAACCGUCACUUUUUAAUUUAGAUGAUUAUGAACCCGCCAUCGCUGGGAUUCUUUUUCUUUCUGUUUGAUUGAUUUGAUUGUUUGUUUUUUCUUCAACGCCAUCAUUCCUCUGCAUAAGAUAUCUUUAGUGGUUGUGUUGAGUGAAGUGAGUGCAUGAGUCGAGUAUGCCUUGUAGCUUACGUGUGUUUAAACUGCCUUUUUUCUUUUGUUUAGUUCCUCAUAGACCCCUCCCCCUUCAUCUUUCAUAAAUAUUUUCACGUUCAUUCGAAACAACCAGUGCCCGAACCGUACGCUGCGCCUUUUUCACCACGUAACAAAAUUUGAGUUAUUUUUUAAUGUCAUUUGGUUGGUUGGUCUUUCUUUUCUUUGCACUUUGUUCCACAUCUCUUUUUGCACGUUUUUUUUUUUUUUAAACAAAGAUAUUGAAACAUUUGCGUGUCACUUUGAUGUUCCUUUUCUUUGGGAGGUGGCUGACUUGAUUUCAAUUUAAUUUCCUUUCGUGAAGGCUAAUUUAUAUAUGCCCCGUUCCUCUUUAUUUUUCUUACAGAAAUUUACUUCUCGCAAGCUUUCUCAUCCAACGGCUGCGGAACAAAAAGAAUUGAAUUGAAUUUAAAAAAAAAAAAUUAAAAGAAAGAAGGCAGUGUUGGUUUCCGCUUUCUCUGAAAUUGAUUUGUGUCCUCCUCCCACCUCGCCUCUAAUUCGCCUGAAAUUUUUGUUUAUUUAUUUAUAUUUUUUUUUUUUUUUUAAAUUGUAGUUUAACUGGAACCACACUGAAGCCGGUUAAAGUUUUCGUUUGUUUUGUGUUCUUUUUUCUUUUCUUUUUGAGAGUGCUGUGCUAACAACCGUCAAAUAUUAUAUGCCUUUGAGUUUGUAAUUUUAUUCGAUUUAUAUUUUUAAAAUUCUUCAGUCUAUUGCGCCUUUCGGUGAUGGUUGAUGAACGACGAUAGAGCCCGACUCAUUCAGAUUCUCUAACCCCCCUUUUCCUAAAAAACAAAAAUACCAAAAUGAAAGACAAAUAUUUAAUUCAAAAGUGAGGGACGAUGGCGAGAAUAAAGAAAAAACAACCGCGAGGGAAGAAAUGCGAAUGUGGAUGUUUGAAUUCACCUCCGUUUUCACGUUCCCUCUCCCGACGCAUCUCUGUCCCCUUUAUUUGUACAUGGUCCUCAAACCUUCUCUUGUGUCAACCCUGUCACUGUAAAUUCACUUCUUCCCCCCCCCCCCUCGAACCUUCUGCUGGUGAUGAAGUUCCUCCUACGAAAUCGUCGGAUACCGACGAGUGCGGUGUGAAAGCGAGACGAUAUGUCGAAGAGGUUUUUCAUCUUAAAAUAUAAGUACCAAGUGCCUGCCAUGCCUGCUGAUUUCUGUCUACCUUACAACCCCAUACCCCUUCCUCUGAAAAAACUCGAUUUGACUUGAUCAUCUUUUCGGUAAGAAAACAUAACAAAACCAAAAAAACGAACGAAUUCAAGAAAAAAAAAAAAAUAAUCACCCCCCAAAAAAAGAAACUGCACUAUAUACUAAAUACAACUACAUAAUCCACAAUAAUUAUAUAAUCCCUCCCGAUUGUCCUCUGGCUUUUGUUUUUCAAUCCUUUUUCUGUUCUUCUACCGUAUAUAUAACUAUAACUUUAUGAUACGAUAUAGUAUAUAUAUAUAUACAUACAGUUACCUAAAACGCGCCAGUGUAAUGCAUCUCUACUCUAUAUACACACUUGUCUUAACUUGUCA